AUGCCUACUUCUAUGACUAGUUACGAUGUGUUUCUGAACUUCAGAGGGGAAGACACUCGUGACAACUUCAUUAGUCACCUUUAUGCAGCGCUGCAGAGGAAGCACGUUGAAACAUAUAUUGAUUAUAGACUACAAAGGGGCGAAGAAAUUUCACCUGCACUUCAAACUGCAAUAGAAGAAUCAAAGAUCUAUGUCCUGGUUUUCUCUGAAAACUAUGCAUCUUCAACGUGGUGUUUAAAUGAACUGACUAAGAUACUGGAUUGCAAGAAGAGAUAUGGAAGGAAUGUGAUACCAGUUUUCUACAAGGUGGAUCCAGCAACUGUCAGGAAGCAGGAAGAGAGAUACAAAGAAGCAUUCCAAGAGCAUGAAGAAAGGUUUAAGGAAGACAUGGAGAAAGUGCAAGGAUGGAAGGAUGCUCUAACAGAAGCUGCUGGACUCUCCGGUUGGGAUUCAAACGUUAUCAGACCAGAACACGCUCUUAUUGAAGAAAUUAUAGAAGAUAUUUUGAAAAAAUUGAAUCGUUAUUCUGUCAGUUACGAUGAAGGAAUCAUCGGUAUUGAAAAACAUAUUGAAGAAAUUCGGUUCUUGUUGCGUCUUGAGUCAACAGAUAUUCGGAUCAUAGGAAUUUGUGGCAUGGGAGGAAUAGGAAAGACUACAAUUUCUAAGCAAUUAUAUCACACAUUGGCAAUGCAUUUUGAUUCUCACAGCCUUGUUUUAGAUGUUCAAGAAAAACUAGAAAGAGAGGGAAUACAAAAUAUCAAAAAAAAAUAUCAGUCUGAGCUUCUAAAGGAAGCACCAUCCAAUCAUUUAUCAUAUUACAAUGAACGUCUCAAACGGACAAAGGCCCUCCUCAUUCUUGAUGAUGUGAGCGAUUCAACUCUACUUAGCAAAUUAAUGAGAGUAGGUAGCUUUGGACAGGGCAGUAGAAUCAUUAUGACUAGUAGAGACAGACAAGUGCUUAAGAAUGCUGGAACUGAUGAUAUCUACGAACUUAAGGAGUUGAAUUUUUAUGAUUCUCUAAAACUUUUUAAUUUACAUGCUUUUAGACAAAAUUCUUCAAAAGAAAUUACUUACAUGGACUUGUCAAUAAAGGUGUUGAGAUAUGCAAAAGGGGUUCCGUUAGCUCUCCAAAUUUUGGGUUCAUUGUUAUAUGACAGACAAAGAGAAGCAUGGGAAAGUCAGUUGCAAAACUUGGACAAGUGUCAAGAUCAUCAUCUUUUCAACGUAUUAAAAUUAAGCUAUGAUGGGCUCCGUGAGGAGGAGAAGAAUAUAUUUCUUGACAUCGCUUGCUUUUAUAGAGGACACAACGAGAUUGUGGUAGCAGAAACACUAAGCAACUGUUGUUUCUCUUCUAAGAUUGGAAUGGAUGUUCUAAAAGAUAAAUGCCUCAUAUCUAUCUUGGAUGGUAGAAUUGUGAUGCACGAUUUGAUACAAGAAAUGGGUCGAGAAAUUGUUCGUAAAGAGUGUCUUCAGCAUCCUGGAAAACGCAGUCGAUUGUUCAAGGCUAACGAAAUUCAUGAGAUUUUAAAAAAGAACAAGGGAUCAGAUGUAAUACAAUGUAUAUUACAAGAUAUAAACGAAAUGGAAGAAGUUAAAGUACAUGCAAAAGCUUUCAAAAAGAUGAGCAAUCUUAGAAUGCUUAUGCUCAAUUCUUAUCCUAGGCCUUGGUAUAAUGUGUUUCUUAAAUCAUCUUUAGUAAGUCUGCCAGACACUUUGAAGAUUCUUAAUUGGACUGGUUUUCAUCAAAAAUCUUUGCCACCAAAUUUUUGUCCACAAAAUCUAGUGAGACUCGAAAUGUCAGGCUGUCAUCUUGAACAACUGUGGGAAGAAGAUCAGGUUUUUCACGUUAUUUAUGUACCUUUGUGCCUUUUUCACAUUAUUCGUUUUGAUAUUGCUUUUAUUAGAAUUCCACAAUUGUACAUAUAUAGUUUACCAAAGUUGAAAAGGCUCAACCUGAGUUAUUCUAAGAAACUUACUAGAAUACAAGACCUUUCCCUGUCACCAAAUAUUGAAGAAAUAAUUCUCAAUGAUUGUCCAAAGUUGAUUAAAGUUCACUCUUCCAUAUUACUCACCAAGCUCAGUUUUUUACGUUUAGAUAGAUGUCAUAAUCUCAAAAGUGUAACAAUUCCCGGCAAUAUUCUAUCCAGAUCACCAGGAUUCAUUCUUCUUUUCUCUUGUUUCAAGCUUGAAAUGUUUUCAACCAGUGUACCCAGAUUCCCUCAUAUGAAACUCGAGCGUCAACAUGGAACUUUCUCAAGAUCCCCUCAUAAGAAACCGGAGUAUCAACCUGCAACUUUUUCAAGUUUCCCUCGUUUCAAACAGCACUUUCACGGACGUAGAGCUUUCCGAAGAUCCUCCGUUAGGGAUGGUCUGGGUGAACUUGAUACUUUCUCAGGAUCUUCUGUGGAUAGGAACUAUGUUUCUAAUUCUUUCUCAAGAAUACCCUUUCUGAGUGAAAUUUUCUCAAUUAUUUUUAUGAGAUAUGAGGAAGAAGAAAAAGAAGUGACUAAUAAUAAUAUAUACGUACAUGAUGAAAGGCCGAUACAACUCACUGGAGGUGUGCCCUUAAACUUUCACAGUCUCAAGAACCUCUGUUUCAUAGAUCUCUCAAACUGUUCUUCCCUUACAGUAUUUCCAUUUGACCUUUCUCAGAUUAAAUUCCUAAAAAAACUUCGUCUCAGUGGUUGCUCAAAAUUGGAAAAUUUCCCCGAGAUUGAGAACACCAUGGAAGAUUUAGCGGUUCUCCUCUUAGAUGCCACAGCCAUACAGGCACUACCUUCAUCCUUGUGGCGUUUGGUAGGGCUUCAAGAACUGAGUUUGAGUAGGUGCAGGAAUCUUGAGAUUAUUCCAUCUUGCAUUGGAAGGCUCACCAGACUAUGCAAGUUAGACCUUACCUACUGUCAAUCACUUCAAACUUUUCCAAGCACCAUUUUCAAAUUGAAGUUGAGGAAACUUGAUUUGUGUGGUUGCUUAAAGCUGAGGACCUUCCCAGAGAUCAUGGAGCCGGCACAAACUUUUGCUCACAUAAACUUAAGAGCAACGACUAUCAAAGAACUGCCUUCUUCAUUUGGCAAUUUGGUUAUGCUUCGAUCCCUGAAGCUCUAUAAUUGUUCUGAUCUCGAGUCACUUCCAAACUCCAUUGUUAAUCUAAAGCGUCUCUGUAAACUUGAUUGUUCCGGGUGUGCCAAAUUAACAGAAAUCCCAACACACAUUGGUCGCUUAUCUUCGUUAAUGGAAAUGUCACUGAAAAAGAGUGGAAUCGUGAACCUUCCCGAGAGCAUGGCUCAUCUUUCAGGCUUGAAAUCGCUUGAUUUAAGCGAUUGCAAAAAGCUUGAAUGCAUUCCACAUGUUCCCCCAUUCCUAAAACAACUGGUGGCAUUGGAUUGCACAUCCAUUAGAAGAGUGAUGCCAAAUUCUCUUGUUCGAAACCUCUCAGAGUCGAAGGAGGAUGUCUUCAAAUUUCAUUUCACCAAUGCCCAACAACUUGAUUCAGGUGCUCGUGCUAACAUUGAGGAGGAUGCAAGGCUCAGGAUGACCGACGAUGCAUAUGAGUCUGUAUGCUUCUGUUUUCCAGGGAGUGCAGUUCCUCAUUGGUUCCCUUUUCGCAACGAAGGAGCUUCAGUGAGUAUAAAUGAAGAUUUAAGUUUCUGCAGCGAUGACAGGCUCAUUGGUUUCGCGUUGUGUGUGGUUUUUGGAGUGUUAGAUACGAAUGAUAUUAAAGGCAAACGCGGUUCUUUUGGUUACAGCCUAAAAUUUGAAUGUGAUGAUGAUGGCACACAGAUAAUUCCAAAUAAUGAUGUGUUAAAAAACUAUUUCACAUGGGUUUAUAGUCACAGAGUCCUUGAUAAAGACCACAUAUUCAUGUGGAAAUUUAACUUGGAGAGUCUAAGGAGGAGCGGCAUGAACCUUAGGCUCAGUGAUGCUCGCAGCUUCACUUUUGAGAUCAGUCCAUAUAAUUAUAACUUUCGGUGGCCAGAUUACGACUCAGUUGUGACAAUAAAAGAAUGUGAAAUGUGUCCUCUUUAUAACAGCCGAAGCAAUGUUGCAGAGUCUUCAAGCUAA